AUGGCUGGGAGAUCGCCUUUCCGCAUCUUCCGCGAGGUUGCUCCGCUGCGCGCGUACCGCCGUGAGCAGGUGCUGGCGCAGAAGACGGUUGGCAUGGUUCCCACCAUGGGCGCCCUGCACGCCGGCCAUCUCUCCCUCGUGCGCCAGGCAGCCGCCGAGACGGAUGACAUCUACCUCUCCAUCUACGUCAACCCUACCCAGUUUGGCGUCAACGAGGACCUCGAUUCCUACCCCAAGACCUGGGAUGCUGACCUUGACAAGCUGCGCGCCCUCGACGCCGAGCUGCACGCCUCGUCCGCCCGCGGCCGCAUCAAGGCCAUCUUCGCACCCACCUCCAAGAUCAUGUAUCCCACCCUGCCGCCCUCCUCCGACGUUGACGGCCACGGUAGCUUCGUCACCAUCACCCCGCUUGCCAAGAAGCUCGAGGGCGCCUCCCGUCCAGUCUUCUUCCGCGGCGUUGCUACCGUCUGCACCAAGCUCUUCAACAUCGUCCAGCCCGACAAGGUAUACUUCGGCCAGAAGGACGUGCAGCAGACGGUCAUCAUUAGGCGCAUGGUCGAGGAUUUCCACAUCCCCACCCAGGUCCGCAUUGGCCCGACCGAGCGCGAGGCCGACGGGCUGGCUAUGAGCUCGAGAAACGUCUAUCUCGGGGCCCGUCGCCGCAAGGUGUCGACCGUCUUGUCUCGGGCCUUGUGGAGUGCCGAGGAGCAGUAUACCAAUGGCAAGCGGAAGAGGGAUGACAUCCUCUGGCCGGCCCAUGACCUGACAAACAACAAAAUCCGCGAGCAGGAGGAGCUCCAGCCGAAGGGCCGCGCUCUCUUUGAUGUGGACUACAUCUCCCUGGCCGACCCCAAUACUCUCGAGGAGGUCGAUGCGGUCGACGAGAAGAAGGGCGCUAUUCUAAGUGCUGCCAUUAAGAUGCAGCCCACCGAGGACCCGCAGCCUGGCGAGGACCUCGGUCUCGGCGGCGGACAGGUCCCGGUUCGCCUCAUCGACAACAUCAUCCUGAAGCCACUUGUUUGA